ACACAGACCACAGGAGCACACGCUGACACAACACAGAGUCACACUCACACACACACACGCACACCCACUCACCGACAGUCAGAGAGACACAGAGAGUGAGUGAGGGAGUGAGUAGGAAACAGAGAGAAAGAGAGAGAGAGGUGAGAGAGAGACACUGAGAAGUAUAUUGAGAAAACUUGUUUCCUACUUUUGGUCACACACUACACUCUUUUUUUUGCACUCACACCUGAAAGAAAAGGCGGUGGGUGUUUCUUCCUAUUUUUUCUUCUUCUAUGCUUUGCUGAGAUCAAUAUUCGAAAGCCAUUUUUUUGUGCUUUCUGCUUUUGUGGCAUAAAAGGUGCCGACAAUAGGGAUUCUCCCAGACGCGCCGGACGGAAUCUAUAUCAGAAGCCGCCACUGAAUCCUGCAACCAGCAAACCCAAACCACCGACAGACCAGGCUGACGACAACAACCCAAAAAAAAAAAAUCUGCCUUCAACCUCUCCAGCGUUUUACGAACCCCUGAGGACGCAUCAUCACCCAUGCCCGGCACUGCUCCUGCAUGCCAACCCGUGUCGACCGACGCCAGCCUUUAUCACCACCACCACCACCAUCUUCACCAUCUUUACCCGCGGCAGCAACAAGAGGUGAAGCCGAAGCUGUUUGAGCGGAGGCUGCCAGGCAUCCUCUAUCACGUAGCGCUGCAGCUGAGGUGAGCUCGCUCGCCCGCCUGCCCGCCCGCCCGCCGUCACCGCCGAGGGAAAAAAGAGGGAAGAGGGAAGGAGGAAGGAGGAAGAAAAGAGAAGAGAGAGGAGUGUGACAACAUUGUGCCUGAGGGUGGAAGUCAGUGAGUUAGUGCCACCGGUAAUUGCUACCGCUACUGCUGCUGCUGCUGCUGUUACUGCCGCUACAGGACUAACGCUGCCAGAGGCUGCUUGCCGGUUAGACAGACUGACAGAUUAUUUUCCCCCCCCUCUCCACAAAUAGAGAAGAGGAGACGAGAGAGAGAGAGAGAGAGAGAGAGAGAGAGAGAGAGAGAGAGAGAGAGAGAGAGAGAGAGAGAGAGAGAGAGACUGAAACUGUGAGAAGAGAGGUGCUGUAUCAGAUUGGCAAAGAGAGACAGAGAGGAAGCAACGUGUGUUUGUAAUAGAUAGACACAGAGAGAGGACAGAAAGAAGGAAAGAAAGAAAGAAAGAAAGAAAGAAAGAAAGAAAGAAAGAAAGAAAGAAAGAAAGAAAGAAAGAAAGAAAGAAAAGGGUAAGGUGAGAGGAAUGACACACACAGGAACCAGAGCAGACACCCGAGCAGCGGAGUGAGAGAGAGAGAGAGAGAGAGAGAGAGAGAGAGAGAGUGAGUGAGAGAGAAGAAAAGAAAAGCAGGACAAAAUAUAAGAAGGAGAGCAAGGACAAGGAGAAGGGCAAGAGGUUCUCAGGUGAGCAGUGGGAAAAAGAAAAAAGAAAUUGAACAGAGGAGGAAGAGAGAGAGAGGGAGAGAUAGACGGAACAUUGUAAGAAAAAAAAGAGGUCAGGGCACGAAACUAGAGUUCACCACAGGAGGGAACGAGGGAGAGAGAGAGAGAGAGAGAGAGAGACCUACUAACGGACAAAGUUAGAGAUCAGAUCUCUACAUCAAGAAAAAAAAACAGUGAGAAACAGGAGAGAGAGGGGGAGUGCAGAAAGAGAAAGAAGAAAGGAAGAAAAAAGCACACCGGCUAAGAAAAAAAUUAACCAUGCGACACAUAAGCAAGCGCUGGCCCACUCUGCUGAGUGACAACGUCAUGAAUGCCAACACCACCACCACCACCACCGGCAUCGGUGCCACAACUGGUAUCACCAGCAGCACCGACGUCCCCAUCGGCCACUCCCGACGUCACCGGACCCAUCAACACCACGGCCUCCGGGCCACCGGCUGGUUCGCCGCGUACGGCGCGCUGGCGACGACCCUGCUGCUGUCCCUGUGCGCUGUGCGGCCGUGCGCGGCCGAGGACGCCAACGCCAUCCGCUGCCCGCUGUGCACCGAAGAGAGGCUGGCCCUGUGCCGGGUGCCCGAGGGCUGCGAGGAGACGGUGCGGGAGCCGGGGUGCGGAUGCUGCCCGACGUGCGCGCUGGCACGCGGGGCCCACUGCGGGGUCUACACGCCCCGGUGCGGCACGGGCCUGCGCUGCUACCCGGCGCGCCACGCCGACAGGCCGCUGCACUCGCUCAUGCACGGCCAGGGCGUGUGCACCGACGAGCGGGAGGUGGAGGAACGCGUCGCAGCUACUCAGGGAGAGGAAACCGUCGUUCCCGAGCACCCGAACAACAGCAACAUUCGCUGCAGCCCUCAGGACAAGCGUUGCAUCCAGAAGACGCUGGCCGGCCGUCAUCCCAACAGCAAGUCCACCAACCAGCGCAACACCAGCCCCCGCGAGGACCCCAAGGCCGCCCUGGCCCCGUGCCGUGCUGAGCUGCAGAGAGCGCUGGACCGCCUGGUCGCGGGGCCCCGCACGCAUGAGGACCUCUACACCAUCCCCAUUCCCAACUGCGACAAGAACGGAGAUUUCCACGCCAAGCAGUGUCACCCAGCACGAGAUGGGCAGCGGGGCAAGUGCUGGUGCGUGGACCAGAAGACGGGCCUGAAGCUACCGGGUCCCCUGGAGCUGCGGGGAGAACUGGACUGCCACCAGCUGAUGACGACAGUGCGGGAGUGAUGGCCUCGCCCGCCAUGCACCGCCCCCAGCGACAGACCAGGGUGUCAAAAACUCUGGCGGCUCAGGGGUGCGUUUCUACACAAACGUCGUUGUUAACUAAGUUAGCAACUUAGUUGGUUUGCAAUGCAAUUUCGCAUUGGAAAGCUAGUAAGUUGCUAACUGGUUAGCAACAAUGCUUUCAAGAAACGGGGUCCAGAGGUAAAAAAAAAAAAAACCCUGUCACGUUUUCCUUUCAACACAGGUGACUUCACUGAGUAAACUGGUCUGACACCUGUCUUGAAUUCUCCAAUACUACCAAUACGCUGAUUCUGAGCUGGAAGGAUCAAAGUUGUGGCAGGGUUUUUACUAUCUGAGCCCAGGAUUGACACCUCUGGUGACAGUAACCUAUGUGGACAUAACGGGGGAUCCCCAACCACCAACCACCACCCCUUUACACCCUUUUACUACGCUGUAGAAAUGUUCCUCAAGGAAGCCUCAGUUGGCUCAAGGGGGACCUAAACGUUCUCUGAGGAACGUAAACAUUUCUCUGGAAAACCUUGAAGUUCUAGGAAGAACCCCAAGGUUCCACAGUGGAAAUUGAAGGGUUCCUCAAAGGAACCAUUUUGGUUCCUGUGUUCUCUGAGUAACCUUGUUUUUUUUUUACAAGGACCAAUUUGUCAUACAGUACAGUUGGUUCCCCUGAGAACAUUUAGGUCCCUCAGAAAACACAGUUGGCAAACUGAGGGCUCUUCGGGAACUUUUCAUUUUUACAGGCCUAGCCCCCCCACCUCUGAACCAACACCAGUGGGGAUCCUCCAAAACUGAUCACCCCUAUCAACCUGAACCCCCUCAGCCUCCACCACCAUCACAAUCGCCUUCACCACCUUUGCGGAGGAGAAUACAUGGAAGCGAACUGGUGGAGUGAAGCAAAAAAAAUAAAACCCUUCCUCCAUGGAUGUCAAGCGAAUUGGAGCGAAGUGAGGAGGUGAAAGAGGAAUGAAGCGAAAGCGUUUGAGACAAGCAAUCAAUGGAUCAGCAAUGAAAUCCACACCACUAAUCGAUCUAUCUGAUUUGUUUACGUUUACCAGCUGUCGACUGCGGAGGUGCAUCUUGUCACCAUGGGUAGGCAGGCAGCCUCUUGGUCGCCCCCAAGAUGAAGCCCUAGAUGCCCUUAGAUGGUGAAUAACUUAGUUCACACUUUGUAUACAGUAUAGUGGCACGUUUCUUUUAGAUGUGCACUCCUUUGGUAUAUUCGCUUGGGGCCCCAGAUGAUCCUAGAGUCACCUUUGGUUGACGAUUUUCGUGUGGCAUCACUUUGCUCGAUUCGCUUCCAUGUAUCCCCUCCCCAUCUUUACAGUACCUGGUCUUUGGCCAGCUGUCUUCUUCUGGUGCUCUGCAACGCGCCAAUUAUGGAAGGACUUGAUCCAGAAACCAACUUUGGGGAGGAAUGGUACUUGGGUAUGCUAUAACGAAAAGAAUGGGGGGAAAAAACAACAACAACAUCAUCAACAUAGAGAUAUCUUCUUUUAUUACCAUUGUUUUAUUAUUAUUGUUAUGAUUUUGUGACUUGUUUUGUGAGCUUAUGUAUGUGUGGAUGGGUAUUUGUUUCUCCGUGCCUAUAUAUAAAUUUAUAUAUAUAUAAAUACAUAUCUCAUAUAUGUCUUUUGAGCACUUGAGUGUCUUUUAAUAUCAGUGGAAUUAUACAAAUGUGCUGGCUUUAAAGUAAAUGAAAAAUAAAAUAUGAAAAAACUCAAAAUAAAUAGCUUUAAAAGCUGUUCUGAA